AUGAUUAAAUUAAUAUGGAAACAAUUUUCGAAAUAAGUAAUUAGCUCAAAGUAAUUUUUAGUGCAUAGAAAUAACUAGUAAGAAAUAUAAGAUUACUUCCGAUAACUCAAAAUUCAAUCGGCUUAAUAAAGAAAAGUAAAAAUUUUAAUUUAUUUGUGAAUAGAAUUUUGAGAAUAUUGCUCAUCAACUUUUAUCAAAAGAAUAAGAUAAAUUUAAAUCAUACAUCUUCUAUCUUGAAAUAUCAAAUGAUGUGACACUUAAAACUCUUCUUUAAGAAAUUUUUACCAAAACCUUCCUCUAAUUAAAUGAUUUCAGAAAUAAGUAAUUAGCAAUAGAAAAAUGGCAAUUAAUCCCUUUAGAUUUUAUUGAAGAUUAUAUGAAAGGCUUUAAUAUAAAACCCUCUGAAAUAUAAGAGUAAUUAAUUUAUCUAUCAUAAGUGUAUAAAUUAAAAUUCUGACUUUGUUGUAAAAUAAAAAACCACUUUAAGCAAUGAAAUUAAUCUUCAUUUUUAAAGAGUAAUUAAAUAUGACAUUGUUUAUUGAUAAAUUCAUUUAAUUAGAUGCAGUAUAAGAUUUUUCUAAAAUUUGUAUUACCUCACCAGAUUUACUUAAAGAUUUUUUGAUUAAACUAACUUAAUCAGAUAAAAGACAUCAUUAAAAAUUUGCUACAGAAUUGAUUAGAAAAUACAAUCUUAAAAAAGAUGAUUAUCCUCAAUUAAUUAAAAUUCAAAAUAGAUAAGCUAUAGAUAGAAUAUACUUUCCAAAAAUAGAAGAACCAUAUGAGAGAGUCGAAGAACGUUUAGAAGGUUAUCCUGAUAUGCUUCAUCAUGUGAUUGAUAAAUUAUUAGAGCAUAAUAAAAUAAAUGAAGCUUAUUCAAUUGCUAUUCGAUAAGGAUUGAAUGACCAUUAUAAAUUAAAAGGAGAACUUCUUGAAAAUCCUCUGUUAAAAUAUGAUGGUUUUGGAAUUACUGAAUAAAUUUGUUAUAAAUAAGAUCCAUCAGAAUAUAUUUAAUUUUCUGAUUUCAAUAUUAAUGAAGAAGAUAUUUAAAUCAUAGAUUCAGUUGAUAAGUUAUUGCUUAUAAAAGAUAAUAUCUUAAAUUCAUAAAUUACAGGUUUUGAUACUGAAUUUUGCCAUUAUUUUGAUGAAUUUGCUGUAGGAGGAGUAGCAAUAAUGUAAAUUUCAACUGAAACUAAUAUUUAUAUAAUUGAUAUAUAUAAUCUUAGAGAAGAAUAAGAAUUGCUUAAAUUCUUAAACAACUAUUUUGCAAGUGAUAAAAUUAAAAUAGGUCAUAGUGUUUGGAAUGAUUUUACUGUUAUGGCUUAAAAUAUGAAUUUAGAUUAAUCAGUUGAACCUUGCAAUAUUGUAGAUUUAACAUUUUUAUAUAAUGAAGUUUUUCCAGAAAAUAAAAAUAAUGUUUCUUUAGCAAAUUAAGUAUAUUAAUUAUUUGGAAAAAAACUAUCAAAAAAAGAAUGUUUUUCUAAUUGGCAAAGAAGACCUCUACGAAAAUGUUAAUUAUAUUAUGGAGCUAUGGAUGCUUAUAUAUGCACUGCCUUAUAUUUAAAAUUGAAAUAAUUGAAAUAGCUUGAUAUAGAUAAGCUUCCUUAAAUGAUGUAGCAACAUCAAACUUAAAAUAAAUAGAAGAAAGUUCUAUAGAUAUAAAAAGGAUAACAUUUAAGAUAUGAUGUUUAGUUUUAGUAGAUUAUCGAUGAUAAAAAAAACAUGAAAUUUUUAGUUGAUUGUAUGCUAAAAAAAUUGGCAUCUUUUUUAAGAAAUCUUGGAAUUGAUACUGAGUAUAAUGAAAAAAAUGAUCAUUAUAAUCUUGAGCAAUAAGCUAUUACUGAAUAAAGAAUAAUUAUUACAAGGGAUAAAAAACUUUAUGAAAAACCUUAACUAAAAGCACCUUGUCUGUUAUUAUCAGAUAAUUUAAAUACUGGUAAUAUAUUUUAAUAAAUUUAGAAUAAUAAUUUGAUGAAAUGCAAAAAGAAUUACAAUUUUAAAUUGAUUAAAAUAAAAUUUUGUCACGUUGUGUGAAAUGCAAUUUUGAUCAUGUAAUUUAUAUAAGUUCAAAAGAAGCAGAAAAAUAUUUAGAUUUUAAAAAUGUAAAAAUACAUAAUUAAUAUUAGAAUGAUUCAUUCACAUAAAUUAAAGUAUUCUUUUAAUGUGAAAAAUGUUUGUAAAUUUAUUGGGAAGGAAAUCAAUUCAAAAAUUCAAUCUAAAGAUUUACUAAGGUAGCCUAAAACAAAGAUGAUUGAUAGAAAUUGAUUUAAUGUUAAAU